AUGACAAGCCGAUUGGAACAAUUACCAAAUGAGCUUUUAUGGCUCAUUUUAGAAUAUAUACCACCCAUAGAUUUAUUUCAUAAAUUUUUUAAUCUCAAUCAACGUUUUAAUACAAUUCUUCGUUUGAUACAUUAUCGUUUUAAUCUUUUAUAUAUAAAUCAAAAUCAAUUUAAUUAUUUUCUUAAUAUUAUUCUUCCAAAUAUUGAAUAUAAUUGGAUAGAAUCAUUAUAUAUUGAUGAUAUAACUAGUCGUCUUCAUUCGAUAAAUAAAUGUCAGAAUUUACGGUCAUUAAUAAUUUAUCAUUUGCAUACAGAAAAUAUUAAUUUAUUAGCUAAUAAUGUGUUAAUGAAAUUAAAGCAAUUAAAUUAUUUACGAUUAUUUACAGAAUUUCGAUUAAAAGAUCAAGAUGUUAAUUUAUUAACUAAUAUUAUUUUAAGUGAACAAAUGCCUUCAUUAACAUAUUGUUAUUUAAGUUUUCAAGAUUAUAGUCGUUUGAGUUUUGAUCAUUUAGAUACAAUAAAUAAAACAUUAUCUUUAAAAACUUUAAUUCUUGAUCAAUGGUGUCGUCUAAGAGAUUUUAUUCGAUUACUUCAUUUUAUACCUAAUAUUAAACGUUUAACUGUUCGUUUAUUUGAUUCAAAUAUCAAAGGGUAA